AUGCCUGUACGACGGGGACACGUUGCGCCUCAAAACACCUUCCUGGACACCAUCAUUCGCAAAUUCGAGGGUCAAAAUCGCAAAUUCAUCAUCGCCAAUGCUCGAGUUGAAAACUGUGCCAUCAUAUUCUGUAAUGAUGGCUUUUGUGGGAUGUGUGGCUACACGCGUGCAGAGGUCAUGCAGAAACCGUGUACCUGCAGUUUUCUGUAUGGACCACACACUGGACGACCAGCGGUGGCCCAGAUGGCCAAAGCCUUACUGGGCUCUGAAGAAAGGAAGGUGGAGAUCUCCUUAUACAGGAAAGAUGGUGUAUGUUUGCCGUGCUUUGUGGAUGUGGUUCCUGUUAAGAACGAGGACGGUUUAGUUAUCAUGUUUAUCCUGAACUUUGAGCUGGCAGAUCAGCAGGACAGACCCCUCGACAGCUCACCAAGCAGAGAUAUCAACAACAAAAACCCAAUCCCAUGGCUCUCUAAAGCAAGACGACGUCGUCUCCGGCUGCCCCUACCCUUGUUGCACUCUCUGAGUGGCAGUAAACAGUCUCUGCAUGAAGACACUGAAAAAGGCUUCAUGCAGCCGAUGCCUCAUAUGGGCCAUGAGUCAGUAGCCCUGGACAAACUGCUCUCCCUGCCUGAACGCUCUGCACUCGGAGGAUCUCAGCUGUUGUUCUGGGACGAUAAGGCUCAGAAUGAGUCUGAAAGUGAGCUGCGGCCAUCAGAAGUGUCUCCUCCUCUGCCUCAGGGCUUCUCGCAGUCUUCCCCGCGUCUGUACAACCUCACCUCAGAGGCGUCUCCGUCCAGCUGCAGCAUGGCCCACAGCCGCUCCUGUGAGAGCCUGUGUGGCAUGAGGCCCUCGCACUCCACCAAUGACUUUAACUGGGACAGAAAACUGCCAGUCAGACCCAGUAGCACAGGUGCCAUGCACCGCAAAGCCAGCUUACAGAAUGCUACUUCUGACUCAGAUCUCAUUCGGCUCCGGAGCUCAGGCCGGGGCACCCAAAUAUCACACAACUUAAUAGAUAUGAAGCCGGACGCAUUAAUUGCAGUUCCCACCGGUGAGAUUGACAUCAUCGCCCCGUGCAAGCUGAUCGACCGGACCCACAAUGUGACAGAGAAAGUCACUCAGGUUCUGUCUCUGGGUGCAGAUGUCCUUCCUGAGUAUAAGCUCCAGGCUCCUCGCAUCCACAAAUGGACUAUCUUACACUACAGCCCAUUCAAGGCGGUCUGGGACUGGGUCAUCCUGCUGCUGGUCAUCUACACUGCCAUCUUUACCCCUUAUUCGGCUGCGUUCCUGCUCAGCGAUGAGGAAGAAGAGGUCAUUCAGCGCUGCGGCUACUCCUGCAGUACACUCAAUGUGGUGGACCUCAUUGUAGACAUCAUGUUCGUAGUGGACAUUGUGAUCAACUUUCGCACAACCUACGUGAACAGCAAUGAUGAAGUGGUCAGUCAGCCCGGCCGGAUCGCCGUCCACUAUUUUAAAGGCUGGUUUCUCAUUGACAUGGUUGCUGCCAUUCCCUUCGACUUGCUCAUUUACCGCUCUGAAGAAGAGACAACGACAUCCACAACUCUGAUUGGCCUGCUGAAAACUGCUCGACUGCUGCGAUUGGUGCGUGUGGCACGCAAACUGGACCGCUACUCUGAGUAUGGAGCUGCCGUUCUCUUUCUACUCAUGUGCACCUUUGCUCUGAUUGCUCAUUGGCUGGCCUGCAUCUGGUAUGCAAUUGGGAACGUGGAGAGAAGUGGCCCGUCUCGAAUUGGUUGGCUUAAUUCUUUGGGUGAUCAGCUGGGAAAACCAUAUAAUCAGUCAGUACGUGGAUCAGGACCCUCUAUUAAAGAUAAAUAUGUCACUGCCCUAUACUUCACCUUCAGCAGCCUCACCAGCGUGGGCUUUGGAAACGUCUCCCCAAACACAAACUCAGAGAAGAUCUUCUCCAUCUGCGUGAUGCUCAUCGGAGCGCUAAUGUACGCUAGCAUAUUUGGAAAUGUGUCGGCCAUCAUCCAAAGACUGUACUCUGGCACCGCGCGUUACCACACUCAGAUGUUGCGGGUUCGAGAGUUUAUCCGUUUCCACCAGAUCCCCAACCCACUUCGGCAAAGACUGGAGGAGUAUUUCCAGCAUGCUUGGUCCUACACCAAUGGCAUUGACAUGAAUGCUGUGCUGAAGGGUUUUCCUGAGUGCUUACAGGCUGACAUCUGUUUGCAUCUGAAUCGUACGCUGCUGCAGAGCUGUAAGGCUUUCAAGGGUUCCUCCAAAGGCUGCUUGCGUGCUCUGGCUAUGAAGUUUAAGACUACUCACGCUCCUCCAGGAGACACCUUGGUCCACGCUGGAGAUGUGAUUUCAGCGCUAUACUUCAUUUCUCGGGGCUCCAUUGAGAUUUUAAAGGGAGAUGUGGUUGUGGCUAUUUUAGGCAAGAAUGAUAUAUUUGGAGAGCCCAUUAACUCAUAUGCUCGUCCUGGAAAGUCAAGUGCAGAUGUGAGAGCACUGACCUACUGUGACCUGCACAAAAUCCACAGAGAUGAUGUUUUGGAGGUCUUGGAAAUGUAUCCAGAGUUCUCUGACUACUUUUGGAGCAACCUGGAGAUCACCUUUAAUUUGAGAGACACUAACACUAAAGCUGGGUCAAUGAGCAGUGACCCUGAGGAUUCGGACCAUGGUGGUCUGGACCAUCACACACGCAGAGCAAAAUUGUUCUUUCAAUCUAAAAGAAACUCCAUCCCUCAAGAUACAGAGAGAACAGAGGGCAAGCUCAACAGGAUGACAUUCAGAACACAGACUCCAGGCAAACAGCAUGAGGACAGACAAACCGCUCAUCGCAGUUCAGACAUCUUUGCCUCACAGUCAAGCAGUGAUGAAGAGGAGGAGACUCGACGACCCUCUGUGAUUGUGGACUGCUCUCAGAGCCAUAUCAAUAGCGCUAGCAAUGCUAACAGGGACAAGGACCACAACAGCAGUAACUCAUUCAAUGCACUCUCAGGAGCUUUUUCAGGGGUUUCUAACAUCUUCAGCCUUUGGGGAGACAGCAGUCGUGGCCAUCACUACCAGGAAGUACCCAGCCACAGCAUGUCCUUCCCCUUAUCUUCGGUUGCCUCCAACACCGUCCUGCACAAUGUCACCCAAGGGCAAUGCUCAGAGGUAGAGAACAGACUGGAAAUGAUGCAUAGACAGCUCCACCGAUUGGAGAAGCGCAUGUCAAAGGACAUCGGGGCCAUAAUGCAGUUGCUUCAGAGGCAAAUGGUGCAGGUUCCACCGGCCUAUAGCUCUGUGACGUCUCCUACAGAAACAUCGCCAAUUCCUCCCAAACCAGGACAGAAACUGGUUCAGCCAGUGAAUCCUUUAGAAACAGAGACUCCACCUAUCCUAUCUGAGAUACUUGAUCCUCAUGACUUUGCUGACAGUCCCAUAAAGACCAGUGAAAGUCUGUCAGGUUCAAUGGAGCUCCAGCUCCUGGACUGUUCCUCACAGCCCCCAUCUGAGACUCCUUCUGGGGCUUAUAUGGGUAGAUGGUCACGUAGCAUGAGCCACGACACAAACACCACUGGUGAUCUUACAGCACACAUUCAUCUCCAACAAACAGCUAUAGCUGAUCAAGCUCAUUAUAGCUUUAUGGAUGCAGAGCCUAUUGAAACUCUUCGCCACCCACAAGCUGUACAGAGUUUACAUAUGGAGACCUCUGAGUGUUCAAGACGCCAAUCGCUGCCAGUAAAACAUCAGGUAGAAGAUGAUUGCUCAAUGCAAAAAAGACAUGGCUCUGAUCCUGGCUCUUAAAUCUGACUUGUUCGGUAUCUCAUUGGAAAACAAUGCAAAGACCCCCAACAUGUUGGCAAGAUGUUUAAAAGACUAUUCAGGAUCAUAUUAAUUACCUCAGAAAAUCAAACAUCAUUAAUGUCCCUGUAGUUUGGUACUUUUGUGUUAGCUGGUCUAACAAUAUUCAUUGUUUUUACCUGCCUCUUUAUGAAAGUGUUCUCAUUGUUUUGAGGUGUAAAUGUAAUGAUUUGUAUUAGCAUAUCCGCUUUUUUAACAAUGUGGUUUUGUGUUGAAUUGAUUAGCCUCUAUACUGUAGAUUGUUUUGAAUAGCUGAAACACUGGAAAAGCCAAUUAGUGCAGGAUUUAUUAGAGUUCAAAUGAUCAUUUGGAAACUUUAGCCCCUUUCACACAUACAGACUCUUCUGGAAAAUUGCCAGUAAUCAUGUGUAAAUCACGGUAGUCACAGUAAAGGGAUCAUGUCCCACAGGCCCUUUUUGAAAAUAUCAGUAAAUUUGUUCCGGAAAUAGAAGUUGUAACAUUACCGGUAAUUUGCCGGAAUGCUGCUCUGUGUGAACGCAGAAGGAAAAUUGCCAGAAAGAGCGCGUUCAUGUUUAGAACGCACUGACGUGAGACGUCUUAUCCAGUCAAUCAGAACAUUCAGAAAUAUUCACAUCUGUGCUGUUUCUAAUAAUAAAAGCCAUUGAAUAUUUUUACAGACACAUUUAGCUGCUAUAUGUUAGUCUGAUAACGUUUCUAGGAUCAAUUAAAUGUUUAUGAUAAACCGCUGUGAGUUUUCCUGCAAGCGCUACGUUCAGCUGUGUGGCUCCACAUGUUUACAUCGAAGUUGUUCACAAUACCCACAUAGCAAAAUUUCUCUGGCCCAGAUCUGGGCCACACAAUCAGCUUUUGCUUGGCCCACAUGCCGCAGUGAAUUAUGGUAGAUGAUUGGACUAAGUCUGGCUUUCACACAAGAGCCAAACAUGGAAGAUAUCUGGGCCAAGUCUCAGCCAAGUUAAUAACCCAUAGCUGGCUCUGAACUGGGCCAGAUAUCUUGGUGUGUCACGACUGCAAUAAAUUUGAUAAUGCCAUAAAGCUUUUUGCUUUAUGGCUGUGCUUUUUCUCAAAGCGACCUGAUUGGUAGAAUUUUUUCUUUACUCUUUAUAUCUGGUCGAAGUCUUGUGUGUUGCCUUAAAGACGGUGUCACCUCUACAAAACCUGGGACAUGUUUGGCCCACUUGCUGUAUGCCAGUGCCAGAUGAAUGCCUGCUGUGCCAGCUUUAUGCCAAAUCUGGGCCAGAAUUCUUUGCUACAUGGGUACUUAUUCAUCCAGAGAAUUUUUAAUGUAGUCAAAUGUGUAAACAUUUAGCUGCGGUUAGCAUUUCCGCUAUUGGAUGUCUCUGGGACAAAAGCAUCUGCAUGAAUGCUAAAGCUUCCAAUAAAAGUGAAACCAUCAAGAAAAGCCUGACCCCUAUUAUGUUUACAAAUACAAGUUCUGUCAUUCAGAGGCCAUUUCUGGUUAAUGAUGUCAGAAUUUACACAAAAAUUUCACAACGUCCUUGCCUGUGUGAACAGCACUUUUUUAAUUUACCGGUAAAGUUGCUCCGGAAAUUUUCCAGUAUCACUGUGUGAAAGGGGCUUUUAUCUCAGGUGGAUGAACCCCAUGCUCAUCUCUAGUAGCUGAAAUACCUCAGAGAGAGUGAAUCCAGGGAACGCUGGGAAAUCCUGCUGAACUCGCCAGUAAUUUACAUAAAUGCAAGCAUGGGAACAUAUAUUUAAGACCAUCCACUGCAAGGAUUUUUCCUUGGAAACAUGUUAUCACUCAAAAUGUAUACUCAUCAGUUUGGCCAGAGGGUCAAAAUAUGUUAAAUGUAAAUCCAUUUUGAUCAUAAUCCAUAUCACUAGUGGAAAUAGUGUUGAAGUAAACAUAUAAAAUACAUAUAUAAUCAGAUGGAGCUGGUUCAAGCCAAAUACAUCCAGUUGUAAUUCAUACUAUAAAUGUACUAGAGAGAUAUUUAUAGGGAAUGUGGUACGUGUAGACAAGAAUUUAGCUUGGAAUGUUCAAAUGUAUUAUAACAUGUAAUUUAUUGCAAUUCUGAGUAGGAAUAUUUAUUGUUAGCUUACUGUAAAUUGAUUAUUGUGCAGAUUUUAUCUUGUAUGAACUUAUAAUCAC